AAUGCCUACUGAGGAAAAGAUCAAAGUUACCCGCCGCCUCAAGAUCCAGCCUGAUCUCGUGUUCCGCAGACUCGGAAGCAAAAUCCCGCUAAUUGCCAAGUUUUCGGGGUAGCGGAAAGCGGGAGCUGCGACAUGGACAGCCGCUUGCAGGAGAUUCGGGAGCGGCAGAAGCUACGGAGACAGCUCCUUGCGCAGCAGCUGGGAGCCGAAAGUGCCGACAGCAUUGGUGCUGUGUUGAACAGCAAAGAUGAGCAGAGAGAGAUUGCCGAAACAAGAGAAACUUGCAGGGCUUCCUAUGACACCUCUGCUCCAAAUGCAAAACGUAAAUGUCAGGACGAAGGAGAGACAGAUGAAGACAAAGUGGAAGAAUACAAGGAUGAACUAGAGCUGCAACAGGAGGAAGAGAAUUUGCCAUAUGAAGAAGAGAUUUAUAAAGAUUCUAGUACUUUUCUUAAGGGAACGCAGAGUUUAAAUCCCCAUAAUGAUUACUGCCAACAUUUCGUAGACACGGGACACAGACCUCAGAAUUUCAUCAGGGAUGUAGGCUUGGCUGACAGAUUUGAAGAGUAUCCGAAGCUGAGGGAGCUCAUCAGGCUGAAGGAUGAGCUGAUAGCAAAAUCCAACACUCCUCCUAUGUAUUUACAAGCAGAUAUAGAAGCCUUUGACAUCAGAGAACUGACCCCCAAAUUCGAUGUGAUUCUUCUGGAACCCCCGCUAGAGGAAUAUUACAGAGAGACUGGCAUCACUGCCAACGAGAAGUGCUGGACAUGGGAUGAUAUUAUGAAGUUGGAAAUUGAUGAGAUUGCAGCCCCUCGAUCAUUUAUUUUUCUCUGGUGUGGUUCCGGGGAAGGAUUGGACCUUGGAAGAGUGUGUUUACGCAAGUGGGGUUACAGAAGAUGUGAAGAUAUUUGUUGGAUUAAAACCAAUAAGAACAAUCCUGGGAAGACUAAGACUUUAGACCCAAAGGCUGUCUUCCAGAGAACAAAGGAACACUGCCUCAUGGGGAUCAAAGGGACCGUGAAGCGCAGCACCGACGGCGACUUCAUCCACGCCAACGUGGACAUCGACUUGAUCAUCACGGAAGAGCCCGAAAUCGGCAACAUCGAGAAGCCGGUGGAGAUCUUCCACAUCAUCGAGCACUUCUGUCUGGGGCGAAGACGCCUCCAUCUCUUUGGAAGGGACAGCACCAUUCGACCAGGCUGGCUGACGGUCGGACCGACUCUGACAAACAGCAACUACAACGCAGAGACGUACGCGUCCUACUUCAGCGCCCCCAACUCCUACUUGACCGGGUGCACGGAGGAAAUCGAGAGGCUUCGGCCCAAAUCGCCGCCUCCCAAAUCUAAAUCGGACCGGGGUGGCGGCGCUCCCAGGGGCGGGGGACGAGGGGGGACGUCCACCGGCCGCGGGCGAGAGAGAAAUCGGUCCAACUUCCGCGGAGAGAGAGGUGGCUUCCGUGGGGGCCGCGGGGGCGCGCACAGAGGUGGCUUUCCGCCCCGGUAACUUGUCACGCCGCUGACACCGCGCCCGUCUGCGUCUCGGGAGCCUGCAGAGCCGGUGGCAGCCGCUGAGCGCGCGUUUCCCCAGGCCGUGACCGCCUCGGCCGGCUUCCCUUGGGGUUGCCACACGCACUGUUUUCUCCAGGAUAAAUGUGUCGCCCCCCUUUCUGUCAUGUGCACGUGACCAAACGAUGGAGCAACACAGAUGCCUUCACCUCCCGCGGCGGAGUUCGUGCCGGCAGAUCCAGCUGCUCACCCGGCGUGGCUUCUCAGGAGCAGUUGCGGCGGGUGGCGGGGACACUCGUCCAGAGGACCGCCCAGCGCCCGCAGGAGGUGGCAGUGCGCCCUGCCGCUGCCGUCACGGCCGGAGCAGAGCUGCUGGACAGAAUGGAGUUGGGACAGGCGGAAAAUUCCUGGUGGGGUUCUGACACUUUCUUGCUGAGACGAUAGAGAAUUAUCUUUUUAAAAAUCUUAAACUCAGAUAUAGUUACACUGCAGAAGAAGUUGAGAGACGUUGCCUAGAACCUGCUCCCAGACCAGAGUCUGCUCGGGAGGUGGCGCUCCGGGGGCGCGCGGACGUCCGAGAGCGAGCUCGGCAGGGACUUAAUCACGCUCCCGGGAAGCGGACGCAGCAGCCGCACGCUUCGGGGGAAUCGCGCCCUUGGCGACGGAAUGACAUCUUUAAACUUGUGGAGGAAACGUGUGAAACCAGUUGCGGAAAGCCCUCGACUGACGACACCUCGGAAAGCAGCCUGCGGGUGCCUCUGACCCAAACCACGUGGCGCGUGGUCUCUAGGGACUAGUUUUGCAGAUCGGUUCAGAUUUUAUGCUGUCAUUUCUCUUUCUAUGCUGGAACUCAUGUUUUAAAAAUGAAUUCGAUGAAUGAAAUACUGUUAUUCUUGAUAAACAUAUUUUUUUAUAUUGUGUCUGAUUUUCUAAUGAAACCUGAAACUUCUGACGUUCGGGAGCCUGUUUUCUGGAAGUGCAGUUGCCGUGGUUACCGAAGGGCAGAGGGCAGAGCUGUGAUGCACGUCAGCGGCCACUCUGUUCUUUUCACGGGCUCCUAUUCUACCUACGAGGGGGUCAGGUAAUUCCCACUGAAGACUCAGUUUGAAGAUAAGGACGGAAUUACAGAGACUUAGAAGCUUCGUGAGUUCACCUUGCUCAGCCUGUCAGUAACUCUCCAGUACAGUGUUCGACUAACGCCUUUCUUGAUGCGGGUAUAUCACAGCUGGUUAGAGGUUUUACUGAAAUAAUGAUGUAUUUCAGCUUCAGGUCAUUGUAAGUCAUCUAGAGAUAGAACUGAUUUGUCAGAGUUGACCUGGGAAUGAAGGAGGAGAUGCCGGCUGCCAGUUGCCUGCUGUGGGUCCUCAGACAUAUCAGCUGGGAGGUGACCGUGUCCUGGACUCCGUCCUCUGCUAUAGCCCACGCCCUGGGCCCAGCUAAGGGAAGGCCACAGUGCUGGUGCUCACUUGGCCUUGCCACCCGGGAGAUCUGUAUCACGAUGUCACCCACAGCUAGGAAUGGCUUGAUAGGGCACGAGGUAAAGGGAGACACAGCCCACCACGUUCGUCAGAGAGCCAGCGAGAGCAGGUGGCUGGAAAGCGAUGCAAGGCGGAGAACCACCCUGUGACGACGUGACAUGGCAUUGUCACGAGGGUGGAGGUGGCUCGCUCGUCGGCUGCCUUCCCUCAGUGAAGGCCGCGCUGUCCUUUCUCCAGUAGGACCGCUGAGGGGGCCUCCGAUGGGGACUCACUGCUCUGACCUCAGGACUUCUGCUCACCUUUAUAUUUACAUGUCUGCAUUUUCACAAAAUUAUCUAGGAAUCACCAAAAGUAAUUUUUUGAUGCUUCACUCAGGGGAUAGACUAAUAAUUCCAAACCCUGCACUUCUUCAUGUUAAAAGCUCCGAGGUCAGCAUACGGCUCACACGCAUAAUUACAGUGCCAGGUUUUGUAGGCCACGUACAGAUGUUCACAUCCAGUGGCGAUAACGCUGUACCCGUGUCCUCCAGGGGUUGGGGAGGAGGCCCACAGCACUGCAACUCGUGGCCUUCCUCACUGUGGAGCAGAGAGGGGCGGUGAUGCUGUCCCCGGAAUGGCUCCUGGGGGUGCUGCCCCUGAACCAGGUGAGACCUGUGGAGAUGGCAGCCACAGUGUGGCACAUCCCUGCCACGAGACAGCAGCUCGCCCGCAGCUCAGAGCUGGGAGGAGGUCAGGCGUGGCCGCCGGAGUGUGUGUGCUGUGUCAGCGGCCGACUGUGCUGGCCCUCUGGGAAGUGGGGGAGCCCCCCGGGAGUCCUGAGCUCGUAACCGGGGAAACGCAAGGUGCUCAUCCCUCGUCAUCUGAAGCGAAGCCGGCGCUACGCGGUAGCUCGUGUUGAGCUGUGACGGAAGGGUGCCUGGGAGCGACCGUCGACUGCUGGGUGUCGUGGCUGUUAGCGGACCGACUCCUUUUCAUGUCUGUCAAAAUACUUCCUACCCAUCCUAACUGCUGAAGUUCUGCUUUCUGAUCCGAGCAGCUUUGAUACCCAUAAUGUUUUCAUCCUGAACUCAAGAAUCUACUAUUUGGUCUUUACCGAUUUGCUUCCUAUAAUCUUCAUUAACUUGGCAAAAUGAUGGCCCAGUCUUUGAUCUGAAAGUUUCUUGUAUUUUGGGGGAGCUAUAAAAACAUAAACCUUUGCUUACAAGAAAAGCUUUCCUUGGAACAACUGUGCGAUCUUGGGGUCUGUAUAGGACUUUAAGCAUCAUCCUGUCUUUGAUGUUUGGUGACAGAGACUAAACUUCAGCUUGGGUCUCGGGGAUAUAUAGUCAGUUUCGAAGCUGUAAAUCUAGGACUUCCAGAAGGACCAUUUAUCCAGCAAAUUGAGCCCACUGAACUCUGCUUCUGGAAAAGCCACAUUGCUUCUGUUCCCAUGGUCUCCAUCCCUUACUCAGAUAUAAACAUGGCUGGCCACAACACUCAGAAAAUACUGCCUCAUUUAAUCUAGAUAAUUCUUUUCCAGUAAAUCAUUUUUCCAGUAUUGGACAAAAGAGUAAAAUGAUCAGUUUGAGUACGUGUUACAGCUCUUGCCUCUUUAACUGGAAGUGCUAAUAAACAGUGAAAUCAGGUAAGGUAGGUUUUUCCAAAAAAACAUUACUAAAUAAUCGAGAAUCGAGAGGUCAACGACGUAGCUGUCUUUUGUGGACACUUUGUAGCCCGUUAAACGUGGGCGUGUCUACUUUCCCUCAUUCACUUUCUCCCAGUUACCUCGUCUGUGCCGUUCGCCCACUUGGGUGGGUUUUCUCAGCUCCUCUAAUAAAAGCAGGUCAGCUCAGAGCACCUUAAUACACAGCCACGGACUUGACCUCAGGGCCAUGGAGACCCAAGGCAAGCGGGGACAGGAGCUGACACCCUGGGCCAGUCCGGUGGACAUCGCUGCUGAGCUCCAGCUAACGGUCACCACAGAGGGAAGAUGUGAAAUGUUCUUUUGCCUUCCACGAAACAAAUUUCUUAAAAUUAAUUUGGCUAAAUACUGUGUGCAUAUUUUAAAUUCUGGCCUCUAAAUACCGUGUGACCGAAUUUACUAAAAGGGGGGACAUAGUUACCCAGUUGGGACAGGAGGUCAUCACCCCUGAACACACGUUACACAGUUGGUGUACUUGAGGACACGGAAGGCGGCAGACGUGGACUGUAACGGUUCAGACAGAUGCGACCGCGGGCCUUUCAUCUGUUCAGUGGGAGAAAAUGUAGAGGCCUGGGCCUGUCCUGGUGGGAAAGAGAAACCACAUUGUUCUGCCCUUUUAGGGUGUUUUUGUUUGUCUUUUAAGCAAAGGAUAGAAAGUCAAAUGUAAUUUUGUUCAGAGAGA